CCCCCUGCGGCCGGCUCAGGAAUGGGGGUGUGGGGCGCAGCGGCUACGACCCUCGGCUGGAAUCCGUGAGGACCAGUCGUCCAGUAUGCUCUGUUCACGGCAUUCCGAGGUGCACCGACCAUGAACCUCAACUCCUCCCUCAGCUACAGGAAGGAGCUGAGCAACCUCACAGCAACAGAGGGUGGUGAAGGGGGUGCCAUCUCUGAGUACAUCGCCAUCAUCAUCAUCACUGUCCUCGUCUGCCUGGGCAACCUGGUCAUUGUAGUUACCUUGUAUAAGAAGUCCUACCUCCUCACCCUCAGCAACAAGUUCGUCUUCAGCCUGACCUUGUCCAACUUCCUGUUGUCCGUGCUGGUGCUGCCGUUCGUGGUGACUAGCUCCAUCCGGAGGGAAUGGAUCUUCGGCGUGGUCUGGUGCAAUUUCUCUGCCCUUCUCUACCUGUUGGUUAGCUCAGCCAGCAUGCUCACCCUUGGGGUCAUUGCCAUCGAUCGCUAUUAUGCCGUCCUGUAUCCAAUGGUGUACCCCAUGAAGAUCACAGGGAACCGAGCUGUGAUGGCUCUUGUCUACAUCUGGCUUCACUCUCUCAUUGGCUGUCUGCCGCCCCUAUUUGGCUGGUCAUCGGUGGAGUUUGAUGAGUUCAAGUGGAUGUGUGUGGUUGCCUGGCACCGGGAACCUGGCUACACCGUUUUCUGGCAGAUCUGGUGUGCCCUGUUCCCCUUUCUCAUCAUGCUAGUAUGCUAUGGUUUCAUCUUCCGGGUGGCCAGGAUCAAGGCCCGAAAGGUGCACUGUGGCACGGUGGUCACUGUGGAGGAGGAUGCCCAGAGGAGUGGGAGGAAGAAUUCUAGUACCUCCACUUCCUCCUCCGGCAGUAGGAGGAAUGCCCUUCAGGGAGUGGUCUAUUCGGCUAACCAGUGUAAAGCCCUCAUCACCAUCCUGGUGGUCAUUGGCGCCUUCAUGGUCACCUGGGGCCCCUACAUGGUUGUCAUUACCUCAGAGGCACUCUGGGGGAAGAACUAUGUCUCCCCAACCCUGGAGACGUGGGCCACAUGGCUGUCCUUUACCAGUGCCAUCUGCCACCCUCUGAUCUAUGGACUCUGGAACAAGACUGUUCGCAAGGAGCUCCUGGGCAUGUGCUUUGGGGACCGUUACUACCGGGAAUCCUUUGUGCAGCGACAGAGGACCUCCAGGCUCUUCAGCAUUUCCAACAGGAUCACAGACUUGGGUCUGUCCCCACACCUCACAGCACUCAUGGCAGGCGGACAGUCCCUGGGACACAGCAGCAGCACCGGUGACACAGGCUUCAGCUACUCUCAGGAUUCAGGCACCGAUGUGAUGCUCCUGGAAGAUGGCACUUCUGAGGACAACCCUCCCCAGCACUGCACAUGCCCACCCAAGAGGAGGAGCUCCGUGACAUUUGAGGAUGAAGUGGAACAGAUCAAAGAGGCUGCCAAGAACUCUAUUCUUCACGUGAAGGCUGAAGUACACAAAUCCUUGGACAGUUAUGCAGCCAGCUUGGCUAAAGCCAUUGAAGCUGAAGCCAAAAUCAACUUAUUUGGAGAGGAGGCUCUGCCAGGGGUCUUGUUCACAGCACGGACCGUCCCGGGGGCCAGCUUUGGGGGCCGUCGAGGCAGCAGGACUCUUGUGAAUCAGAGGCUGCAGUUACAGAGCAUCAAGGAAGGGAAUGUCUUAGCUGCAGAACAGAGAUGAAAGCUUCAGAGGGGACUGGGGCCACAGCGGAGCCACUGGUGCGGGUGCCUGUGCCAGGACCCUGGAACAUGUCACCACUCAGAGAGGGCCAGAAGCUGGGAAGGAAACAUCUGGCAUGCAGCCAAGCGGAUGGACAGUGCUGUCUCCAGUCUCUGACUUCAGGUGUCUGCUGUAAAGGCACACGUGGGCUGGUUCGGGGCCCCUGGGGUGGAACAAGGGUUCCAAAGCACAUGUUAGAAGCAGAUGGAGACGUGGCUAAGGAAGCCACUACGUGGAUCUUGUCUGCAUUGGUAUGCAGCUGGUCUAGCUGCCCCUGGUCUCAGUGAGGCCUUUAGAGGCCAUCCCUACUCAGUGCACUUCAGCUCACCUUAGCACUGUCAGACCAUCUGGAGGCUCUGUGUGGUUGGCUCAGGCAGCGUGGGGUUACAAUUACUAGACUAAAUGCAAAAACAGUCCAGAGAGCACCCAGGAGUAGAGCAUCCUGCUUACACACCCCAUAUCUACUGCCCUAGUUAGGACUUGGCCUUUGGUGGCACCUGCUACAGGCCACCCAAGAUGUGACCACCCCACCCACUUCCUUGUUGACAGAUUAUUAUUAUUAUUCUUAUUUGAAAAGAAGGGAGAAACCACUAUAAAAGACAAGAGUGAGCACCAGGCAUUUCAUUUCCAGAAUAAAACCUGGAGAUUAGGGCAUAUCACAAAGACUGGGACUGUGAGGUCACGCACAGCUGGGGAGAAUUUAGGGGAGGGGAAUCCCCCCACAGGAGAUAUGGAAGAUGCUUGAGUGACUGCAAACAUAGUUGGCCUCACUUUCCAGAGGGAAUUGUGACUGUCAUUGCAACUUUGGGGCUGGCACAAAGUAGAAAGGGCACUGGACCUGACUUCACAGCCUGGGUUCUUGACCCAUCUUGGUUUUUGUCUGCACAUUAUCUGGGACAUCCUGUCCUGUCACUAGGCCAUUUGGAGAAAAAGUGUGAGGAGCUGGAACAAGUAGUCUCCAAGAUAAUUCCAGCUCUGAUCUUUGAUGUCUUCCGAAUCUGUAAUUUAAGGGGUGGGGACAAACUGACCCAGCAUCUGUAUACUUUUGAGGGUAUGCUCGCUGAGCACAGGAAGAGCCACCUGCAUGCUCUGGCCCUCACAUCUUUGUACCGCUUGGCUGUAUUGGGUGGUACUAAAUGCCAACCGACUACUGAGACGGGUAUGAAGAGGGUGGCUCGGCUGAGGCAGAUGUGGGAGAGUGGGUGGGGUGUGUUGGCUUGGAGUCCUCUUGCUCUUUGAGCUAGAACAUGAAGUUUGGGUUUUGAGUGCUUGCAGCGGGGUCUGGAAGAUCUUUUCUGCUGCUCUUAAGCCUGGGUGCUUUAGAUAAGCAGUGGGCAGGGCUGUCCACCUCGUAGAGCAGAGGAAGAGUCUAAGACUAUAUUUGCCACGAGGCAGCCAUCCGAGCGCUUUACUUUUCAAGUGUUCCCUGUGGGCUGCUGAGCUCCUGGUGUAGCAGUUCCCUGCCUGUGGUUCCUGAGGCUUGGCUUGUGCCUUUGGGUGGUUGAUUUUUGGCCCCUACUGCAAGUCAGCAGUGCAGGGGAUUGGCAGGAUUUUGGAUGGAGUGGCAGGGAGGGUGGGUCCUGUUCUGGCAGCACCUGUCUUCUCUCUGUAUUCUGUUCUUUUCUUUUCUUUUUUUUUUUUUUCUAGCACUUGUCUGGUGUCUGGAGGGACCCUAUUUCUAAUUACCCAGUAUGCACGGAAGUGGAGCAUGCCUCCUAGGUACGGGUUGUCAGUUAGUGCAAUGGAUUGGCUUAAGACUCAAAGGGGAGAGAGCUCUUCCCUGGUUGCCCUGGGCUAGGCUUUAUGGAAAGGAUGCUGAGGCCUCUGAACCCUACUGCCUCACCCCAGAGUCACCAGUUUUCAAGAAGAGAUCUGACCUACAACACUGAAUUUCACUCCCACCCCCUUUAAGGGAGUGAGCUUUACUCAUGUCUGUAACAUUGUGGACUCGUCAGCACCUCAGCAAGCACUGCUGCAGACUACUGUGCAGUGGCAGUCCUGAGGCCUUCCCCAGGGGAUCCAUCGGUAGUGGUAGGUGGGACAUUUGGCCACUUGUUUUGCUUAAAUACCUCGGGCCUUCUGAUUCUGACAGGAUCACUUGUAGGGCUGCAACCCAUCUCUGCUGCUUCUUUACCCAGAUCUUACCCUUGUGGUUCCUGUGCCAGCUGUGUGACCUGCUGCAUCCGCAAAGGCACUGGGUCCAGCACUACAGUGCACACAGCUCAGCACCACGAAUUUCCCUGACCAGACAAUCCAAAUUGGAGUUCAAGACCUUAGACAUUAGAUGGCAGCAGCAUGGCUGUGGAGAGGAAACAAAAGAAAAGAAAAAUCAUGGUGGCUUGUUCCUCUGAGCUCUGCCAUGACUACAAGUCCCUAGCCUUGUAGCUAGCUGAUCCGUACCUUACAUGUGUGACCCUUGUUGGAGUUCAUAGGAACUACCUAUACUGGGCUGUGUGAUCUUAAACAAAUCGCUGCUCCUGGGACAGGCAGGGUGAAAGAUUGUAAAGGCCAUGACCCAUUGGUGCUAAUGUUCGUAGACUCUCAUUCGUAUAACUGAUUCCAUCUUACGGGCAAGAAUUAAACCAUCAACACCAGGACAAACUCAGUAUUCGCAAAAGAGUGUUUGGGUCUAGACGAGAGGAGAAAAAUAAUGUUGACACAAUGAGUGAGCUUGCUGGUCUGUUGAGAGAACAAUUAUGACUACUUUUUCAAAUGGACAAUGUACUCCUUCGACUUGCAGAGAGACAUUUCUCAAUGGACCAGAUGAACUCAGGAAACAUGUCCAGCCUCAUUUCACAUCUCCUGCCUGUCUGGAAGGAAUAAUGAGGAUGCUGUGGUUAAACAAAAGGGGGCCCAAGAAUGCAUUAGGUCCCACUGUGUGCCUCACUUAAAACAGCUAAGAGCCUAUUAGGUGCUAGGCACUAAUUGAAGACUUGAUGCACUAUCUCCCUUUGCUUCAGGCUGGUGGGAUACAGUAGGGAUGAUGCUGGUGUGUGAUGGUUGUGAGUUAAGAUUUCAGGUUGCCAAUUAAUUAGCUAAGUGUUCUCACAUCUGUAAAAUGGAAGUUUUGUAAUUGAUUUAUAUAUAGGGACACAGAAUCCAAGGAUACUGCCUGCAUAGGGUGCUUGGUAGAUUACAGAAAUGCUUGUGGUGCACCCAGCACAGGACACAGGAGCAGGGAGACCUGAGCCACUCACUGGUCUUGCUUCUCAGUGUAACUAAUGGGGCAGACUCUUUCCUGUUUUACUGGGAUCUCUAAUACUGAGAACCUUCAAAAGACUUGUUCUCCAAUUCAGGAUAAUUAAUUAUGUUGAGGGUUGUUGCCUGGGGACUUACUUGCUACAAAAGGACUUAAAGGAAAUGAAGGAAUGCUGACAAGAGGCAGACAAUAGAGAGGAGGUUGGAAAAGCUGAGAAGGAUCUGGAAUGCAAGAGGUUAGUGGGAACAGAAAUGGGCUUUUCCAGUAGGAAAGUCUUCUUUCCACAUGAAUGGCCUGAUUGCACAAAAAAGAGAAACAUUUCUAUCUUACCCUGAAUUAAAGAUGAUCUGUAUAGUCCCAAACUACAUCAGUUCAAAGUUGACCUCCCUUAUACACAGGAAGAACAUCCCACCCCAACCCAAUGCUGUUAGGUGCUGGGGACUGCUCUGUCCAGCAGUGACAAUGUCUGGCUCCCAGUUCCCAGAGCUUGUGUCUUCCAAGCCCUGCUGCAGAGGAGGUGUCCAUGCCAUUCCCCAGAGUGUACAGAACCAGAAGACGCCUGGGGAUGAGGAGGGAAGUCAGUUAUGACACGAACCACAGGAACAUGGGUGUGACCAGCCAUAAAUGUCUACAAGGUGGGACAGGCAGGUACUGUUCUGUGGGUUAGAGAGAGAGAUAAGGAGAAUCCAGGAAGGCCAUAGAAAAGCAGUGUCUCAAAAUGAGGUCAGGGCCAAAUCACUAGGUCUUGGUCAUGAGGCUGACAGAAGAUCAAGCCUGUAGCCCAAGGAGAGUGAGACACAUAUAGGUUAACUGGCAUCCUUAGCAGAGUGGACCAGCUGGACUUUAUUAAUAAAGGUAGGAAGAAACAAGGAGCUCCGUACUUAAAAAAAAAAAAAAAAAAAAAAA